AUGGGAGUGGGAAUUCUGUUGCACGUGGCCGAAAUUUUCUCAUGUGUUCAAUUGUGGAAUGCCUAUCCAGGAUUCUAUUUUAUUGCACACUUUUCUGCAGUCGACAUUCUUUUGUUACUCCAGUACGGUAUUUGGGGUGGUGCGGUGGUGCUCACACAUAGUGAGAUAACAACGCCUGGUCAGCGAAUUUUUGUGAACAUUUUUAUUAAUUUCACAUGGUAUGUGGUGUUGUAUUAUAACCCUUAUGGAUACAGUGUGACCGGUGACUGGAAAGCAUACUUGAAUAAUGGUUCGAGAACCUAUUAUACGAUAUUUAAUGGAUUAACAGUAUUACUGAAUUUCGUCAUUUAUGUUUUGGUGAUGAUCGAACUCGUGAAAAUAACACGCAAACGACGAUUGAUUGUCAAAGCUUCAUCAACGGGCGUUAUUGAUAACCAUCGGAUGUCAGCAACACUAGGCACACGGAAUGCUCCCGCAAAUGAGCGCGGUACAACGAUCGACAACUUUCGACGAUCUGCGGAAUUUGGCCUUUUAUUGUCGUGUUUCACCAGUUGGAUUGGCUUCAUCUUCCAGCAAAUGUUGAUCAAUUGGUUGCAUGUCGAAGCGCAUUUGGAAGAUUUUCUCAUAAACACCGCAUUUAUGACACAAUGUUGGACAAAUACACUGAUGAGAGCUUUCUUGAGCAUUUUACUACGUCAGAAAAUGAUGAACUUAUUGAAAGAUUUGAUUUGUUGUGGUUCGUUAAAGAGACAUUUUUCUUGUGCGGCUCAGCGCAUUCCGUUGGUAUCUUAUGUACGCAAUUCGAAUGUAAAAAUGUUCACGACAACACAACACCCGAAGACGCAAAAGGUUAGUGAUGUUAACCAUCAGGUCUGA